AUGUUCGUUUUUAUCGAUCGUCGUUUUCUCUACGGUCUAUUAGUGCCGAGUACUGUUAUUAUUAUUGGUGGUAUUAUUUGGUAUCAUAAUCGUCGAAAAAAUGAACAACUUCGUUUAAAUCGUUCAGAAUAUCUUGUACUUGAAAUUCAAGUACCUGAUUAUUGUGUUGGUAGUAUAAUUGGUAAAGGUGGUGAAGUGAUUAAACGUUUUCAACAACAAUAUUCUGUUCGUUGUGUAUUUGCUAAAGAUGAUGAAAAAAUUCUUAAUGAAAAUUAUCGAAUAUUAAUUAUACGUGGACAACGUUAUCAUGUAUAUGAAGCUGAAGUUGAAAUACGCCGUUUAAUUGCUGAUUUACCACAAUAUCAACAAAUUGAAAUAUUUAUACCUGAUUAUGCUUGUGGUUAUAUAAUUGGAAAAAAUGGUUCUAAUAUAAAAGAUAUUCGUGAUAGUACAAAAGCACGUCUUAAUAUGGAUAGAAAAAUUAUUGAUAAUUUAGAAAAUAAAAAAUUUUCUCGUUUAAUUAUAUCGGGUACUAAUGAACAAAUUGUAGCAGCUAAAACUUUAGUUGAAGAACGUUUAUAUCGAUUGGAACAAAAACAAAAAGAACAUAAUAAUAAUAAUAAUUCAGUUAUAACAUCGAUAGAAAUCGAUGAAUAUUUCUAUAUUCCAUGUAUAAAAUCGUAUUGCUUAGUUAUUAUUCAAGGACAAAUUAUGUACUAUAGUAUGUCUUUAGAUUUAGAUCUUGAACAGUUUAAUGAUCAUUUGAAUGGAACAAGUAUUGGAGUAGAUGAUGUUGAUAGUCAAGAUGUUGAUAUGACAGUAAAUAUUCGACAUAAUGGACAAAAUCAAGCUGAAAAACGAGCACAUCAUAAUGCACUUGAAAGAAAACGACGAGAUCAUAUAAAAGGUAGUUUCAGUGAUUUACGAGAUGUUAUACCAUCAUUAAAAGGUGAAAAGGCUUCUCGUGCACAUGUUCUUAAAGCAGCAACAGAAUAUAUUCGUAAUAUGAAAACAAAAAAUUUACAACAUCAAAAAGCAAUUGAAGAAUUAAAAAAACAAAAUGCUAUAGUUGAAUUACAGAUUCGUCUUCUUGAAAGAGUUAAAGAAACAGGUCAAUAUACACGUCAUAUUAAUAAUAUUCAUCAAGAACAAUUAACAAAAAUCGAAUUAGAAUUAAAUGGUAUUCAAACAACAAGAAAUUUAUUAACAAAUGAAAAUAAUCCAUCAGUAUCAUCUCAUAUAUAA